GACUUGCUGGGGCGGAGGGCUGAGUGCUGAGUUCAAGGAGCAUGCAGCCCACAUGGUGUUUUCUAACCCCUGUGCUCCUUGCCUGAACCCAGCCCAUGGCGUUUUAGGGGAUGCUGGAGAAUAUUCACCUUCAACGUGACACUUUCCCACACCAGGCACUCGUGGCUCCUGGUGCAAACUCAGGAAGUGGGUAUCUGGCUAAGCACAUGAUGAGUCACCCAGACUGUGGCCCUACCCAAGUGGAUGGAGCUGCUCAUGUGCAAUGAGGCCCUCUCCGAAGGGUGCUGGGGUGCUGCUCUGCCGUCUCCACCCCGACGUCUCCACUUGAUCCCGCGCUCCCGUCUGCCACCUGCUCUCGGCUGCCUGCCGGAGGGGCUGCCCGGGCACCGGGAGCCCUGCAGAAAGGGGGACCACCAUGCUGAUCAAGGAGUACCGGAUCUGCAUGCCGCUCACCACCGAAGAGUACCGCGUUGGACAGCUGUACAUGAUCAGUAAGCACAGUCACCAGGAGAGCGAGAAAGGCGAGGGUGUGGAGGUGGUGAAAAACGAGCCUCAUGAAGACCCGGUCCAUGGGCCUGGCCAGUUCACCGAGAAACGCGUGCACCUGUCCAGCAAGCUGCCCAGCUGGGCCCGGGCGGUGACCCCCCGGAUAUUCUACAUCACCGAGAAGGCCUGGAACUAUUACCCGUACACCAUUACCGAGUACACGUGCUCCUUCCUGCCAAAGUUCUCCAUUUACAUCGAGACCAAGUACGAGGAUAACCGCGGCGACAGCGAGAACAUCUUCCACAGCAACAAGAUCCUGGGCAAUCAUGAGGUCACCUUCCUGGACAUCGCCUGUGACGAGAUUCCGGAGCGCUAUUACCGGAGCACAGAGGACCCACGGUACUUCUGCUCGGUGAAGACAGGCCGGGGGCCUCUGGAAGAAGGCUGGCAGGAGCACACCAAGCCCAUCAUGUGCUCCUACAAACUGGUCACGGUCAAGUUCGAGGUGUGGGGGCUGCAGACGCGAGUGGAGCAGUUUGUCCACAAGGUGAUCCGGGACAUCCUGUUGAUAGGCCACCGGCAGGCCUUCGCCUGGCUGGACGAGUGGUGCGGUUAUGGAGAAGGGAACAGCCCGGAGGCUCUGAGUUCGCGGAGCCCGCCCGUCUCCCCAGGUCCCCGGGGAAUCCGGCCAGAGAGAAGCCCACAGCCAGAGCCUGCUGGAUCCCCCUCCUGAGCGGGCCUGCGGGCG